AUGCCAGACGAUAGUAGCGAGAUCUCUUUCAUCGCUUUCACCUGUUUUCAGUGCUUUCACCUUCGCUCCUUACCAUCGGCGAACACGUUGGACGGCCGGAGAAACUUGGCGUCGCCGCUCGCUGAGCUACCUGACCUGAACUCGUUGCUCUUUUCGCACAUUCAACUUCUCACCCCCUCAACUUCUCACCCCCUCAACUUCUCACCCCCUCAACUUCUCACCCCCUCAACUUCUCGCCCCCUCGCCUUCUCGACAUCAACUGCGCGCAGCAUGGCGGAAGCAUCGCAGAUGCAGCUCCCGGAUACCGUCAAAGGCUUCCUCGUCUCGGGUAAACAUUCGGAUCUGGUUAUUACUUGCGGCAGCGAUACGUACAAUGUGCAUAAGAACAUAGUUUGUGGUCGCUCCGACUUCUUCGCCAAGACCGUGGAGAUACAGGAAGCCGAGGACGGCAAGAUCGACCUGCCUGAGGACGAGCCGGCUAUUGUCAAGUUGCUUAUUCAGUACUUGUAUGAGGCUGAAUCUCAUGGAAGCCGGAACGUCUGCACUCAUCACUACUGUGGAAAUCACUGCGGCUACACCUGUAUCAACUUCAUCUGCCAGCAAUGCGCGCCUCCAAUGGGCGGAGAGGCCAACCAACUCUUCACACACGCCAAACUGUACGGGGUUGCUGAUAAGUACGACGUUACCGGCUUGAAGGAGCUCUGCAAGGUCAAGUUCGAUCUCGCGUGUCGCCGUUACUGGAACGACCCUACAUUUCCCACGGCAGCGUAUCACGUAUUUUCUACGACGCCUGAGAAAGAUAAAAGGCUUCGAGACGUGGUGUGCAAGACCAUUUCGAAGAACAUGUCCUUGCUGAAGGACCCUGCUAUUGAGACGCUGAUGAAGGAGGUCAACGGGCUCGCCUUCGGGCUACUGAUGGAGAAGGCGGAGGAACAUGAGUGGAUUACUAUAUUUCUCCGGACUGCUCAGCAGUCUGCACAUCACCCACGUCCGAAAAUGGCUGAGGCAUACCGCGACCAGUUGAUGGCUUCGGUCAAACGGUUGUACGCCUCUGGCGAAUAUUCUGACCUCAACAUUACCUGCGGCAACGACAGCUACAAGGUGCAUAAGGCGGUGGUAUUCCCUCGUGCGGCACUCGCAAGUGUCAUGGCAACGGAUGGGACAAUCGAUUUGCCAGAAGACGAACCUUACAUCAUCAAAUUGCUCAUCCAGUAUCUCUACGAGGCGGAGUACGACCCACUGAUUCGGGACGACUCUUUCAUUGUCCUCAAGACCGAGACACGCAGCCCUUACUAUUGGGCAGCAUACAGCUACGAAUUCCCUCAUACGUGUGCUUCGAUCGAAAGCUACAGCGACAAAGGGGUCGUAUGCCCCCAUCAUACAUGCGACGAGCAAUGCCGAAGCAACUAUCAAGGUUUCAUCUGUGAGAAAUGCACACAGCCAACGAUGAACGGUCCACCCGAGCAGCUCCUCACUCACGCCAAGAUGUACGAGGUUGCUGAUAAGUACGACGUCGUCGGACUCAAGGACCUCAGCAAGGAAAAGUUUCGUCGAGCCUGUGCAGGAUUCUGGAACCACGCAUCCUUCCCUCUCGCGGCGCACCAUGCUUUAUCCACCACUCCAGAUCACGACAAGGGUCUACGCGAUAUCAUCUCGACAACCAUCGGGCAGCAUUUAGAACUGAUAAUCAAACCGGAGAUCAAAGCUUUGCUUUGGGAGUUCAAUGGCUUGGCUUUCGAGGUGAUCAUGCAAAAGUGGGCGCAGGGUCGGCGUUGAUGUGGGCAUAGGGGAGGUGAACUUGGAUAGCUGUUGAUGGAAUGGUUACAAGGCUUCGUUGGAACGUGGAGGCCCGCAUUGUAUGCGUGUUAUGGACAUACUCUAGCUCCGCCUAAGGCACUACGUUCUAAUGGAUUAUCAUGAGUUGUGGGUUCAUCUCCAGUAGACUCUUAUGUAGCGGGGAUUGCUGAAGAAUAGCCGGCCCGAAAAGGCG